GGCGCUGCCACCGCCUGGGCCUCCCCGGCCGAAAACACCCGCCCCUCUCGUCCCCCAAGUCCUGCAGGGCCUCGUGAGGCGCCCGAGGCCCCACGGCCUCCCCGCCAGGCCCGGUGAUGGCAGCCCCGACGGUCUCCGUCUCCGCAGGGCCCGCGGCGGCACCAGGGAGCCCGGAGCCGGGGGCCGCAGCCCCCCACGAAGCCCCCAAGGAGCCGGCGGCCGGCAGCACCGCCUUCGCGGGGGACCCGCCACCCUACUCGCCGCCGGACCCGAAGACCUGCCACCUCCUCUUCCCGCCUUUCCAGCCCGUCGUCUGCCAGCCGGCGGCGGCCUGGCCGGGCCCCUACGCGCCCCAGGGCCCCCCGCCGGGCCCCCUGCCCUACACCAUCUACGAUGGGCAGCUGGGCGCCGGGCCCCCCGCCGCCCCCCGCCAGCAGCGCCCGCCCAAGGACUACAUGGUGGAGGCGGUGCUGGUGACCAUCUUCUGCUGCUUGCUCACGGGCCUCGUGGCGCUCGUCUACUCCAACGAGACCCGGGCCGCGCUCAGCCGAGGAGACCUGGCGCGGGCCAAGCUGGCCUCCAAGAAGACGCAGUCCCUGGUCCUCUUCAGCCUCCUCUUCGGCUUGUUCGCCUCCUUCAGCUGGGUCGUCUACGUCCUGGUGGCCCUCUACCAGUGACGGGGGCGCGAGGCCACCGCCGUCUCCUCCCAGUGAACCCCGGGCAGGGGACGGGCUGGGAAGGGGCAGAAUAUGGCCGUAAAAGCAUUACCGGAGCUGACAGGACACAAAUGCCCUCCCUUGCGGGACUCCCAGGCUCCAGGAGCCAGGCCGGGGAGCAGCUGCCCCUGGGAAGGGGCAGGAUGGCGCCGGGGAGCAGUGAUGCCGCUUGCCUUCCCCUGCAGCCGCCGCAAAGCUGAGCAGAGGCUGCUCCGCUCCGAGCGAGCCGUGCGGCAAUGGCAACGCCGUGUCCGAACCCGGACCCCCAGGGCUGCUCCCCUGGGAUGUUCAAUCCCGUCCCUGCGGGCUGCACUUCGGGGGUGCGUGGUGCCCGGGGGCGGCAGCCCGGCUCCCGGGACAUCACGAGGAGACGUUUGCAGGACUUUCUGAGCAGAGCGACCUGCAGUCUUCCAAAAUCCCAGCUGGAAACGGAGCAAAGAGCCAAGCAGCAAAUGCAGGGCCACAGCACGUGGCUGCUUCACAAGGACAGCUCACUGCUCCGGCCAUUCAAGCACAUCAGAAACCCCCCAAUAAUUACUAACGGGAUAAAAUAUUUAAAAAAUGGUAUAUGUUGCUUCUAUAGUAAUUCUGCACAGAUGCACAUGCUGUAUUGCUACUUUUUUGCUGCUGCUGUUUAAAUAAAACAGGUGUAUCCA